AUGGGUGCAACAUUUGCUGAAAUACUGAAGUGCCCAGAUGCCAUGUCCAUAGUCAAGGAAGCUGUAAUGAAAGCAGUAACCUCACAGGAGGCAGCUACAUGCACUAGCCAGCUAAUGGGAAGGAUAAGAGCUGUAAUAGUGGUAGGUAUUAGGAACAAGAUGGAUUCACAAGGGAAGAAUGGAGGACUAAGGACAAAGCUGCAGUGUCACCACGCUCACCAUGAACCUCGUCAGGGGGAACCUCCCCUCCCCCAUGAAGAACCGGAACCAUCCGACGCGGGCAACGCACCCGAAGCAAGAUCCACAGGCAACAACACCAGAAGGGAACUCCAAGACACUGUCACCGGCGCCGCAGGCACAUGUACUUCCGCCACCACCGUAGAAUGUGACGCAAACGGAACCACCCCGCUAUUGCCGGAAGAUCCAGAGUCGUCAAAAUCUCCCACAUCAGCCCAGGCAGAAGAACAACCAGGAAUACUGGGCUCUGGCCGUACAUCAUCAGUUCGGAAGCCGAACCAGAGACACGGGCAUCAUAAGCCGGGCAAACCGACGCUUCUCCGCAGGACGGCAGCAUCCUCAACCCCAUGGGGACCAGGCCGAGCACCAGUAGGAGGCCCUGUAUCCACCCAGCACCCAGCACAGCCGAGACACAUGGCGAGAGCGCAGGGACACGUGCUGCAGGUGGAGAAGACGAAGAUGACGUACAGAGAUUACCGGAAGACCCACGGGACCAUCAGGGACACCAACGGGAGCAGGCUAACAUCCGAGGCACCACAACCCCUGGAAGAGGGGCCACCACAGCAGGAGACGCGUUGGGUGCCACAAGGGGGGAGGGGCCCCAACAGCAAUAGGAAGGCCACAUCCCCACCCACCGAAUCCUCCUCUACAGAGAGCGGUGGAAAAUCCUCAUAA